GUCAGCCACAAAACAUUCCAUCGAUAACACCGCCAACGUUCUGCGAUUCUUUGCGACGCGACGAAUUUUCUCAUUUGCAUGCGUCACACUCCAGUGAACCGCCGGCUGGACCUUUGGACCACUCACACUUUUUAAAAAACAGAAGUAAGUAGAUAGCUUUGUCCGCUAUAAAAUCUUAGUAUCAUUUUGAAAAUCGUUCAUAUGAAAUAUAACGUUCUUAUUUAUUCUAUAUUGACAAUGUCUUUUUUCGUAUCUUAAUAUAAACUUGUGUCAUUUGGAGCCGACUGAAAAUUGCCGAACUCCAUUCAGUAUGACGUUGGCUUCUUUUGUACGACGAAAGUUGAUAAAUAUUUAAUACCACGAAGGAAACACCCACAUGCGCUCAAAUAAGGUAACAAGCAAGUACAACAAAAUAAUCGAGUCGAUUAAAUAUUUGCAUAAGUAGUGAAUUGUAGUUAUCGAGCAAACUGAUAAAAUAUGUACAAUUAGAAGAAUUGCAUUGAACAAAGAAGUUGCCUUACGUAGCUGCAUAUGCUAGCUAAAAUAUUGUAUACAAUUUCUGAACUAUUACAAACACAUGAAUAAUGGAUCACUCGAGAAAAUGAGUGAAUGAUUGAUUAUCUUUGACGUAAAAACAGACACGUAAAUGAAGUAGUGAAGUUAACAAUAACGAAAAUCUCUUAAACGUGUUAGUAGUGGAAUAUGUGUACUGAAGUUGCCAAAAUAAAAAUAAAAUAAAAAGUAAUUGAGAAGGAAGGAAUACAUGUUUUCUACUUAUUUUAAAACAAAAUUUACCAAUUAGAGGGCGAGCUAUACUCCAAGAAGCUGGUGGACAUCGACUCCUAUGAGGUAUCAUUCAUCUCUAAAGUCAGUACAUGGCUGCAAUUCCCCAACCCCGAUGUCGACACGAAUUCGAACCAAACCAACACGGAUUUCAGCAACGCGGCACUGUAAGCCAACGUCUUGAAUUUGAUGUUGUCUCGCCGCCUAUUAUGGAUCAGCCUUCUCAUGAUGUGUACGAAAAAUGGAAUCCGUACCGAUUUCAUAGCAACACAAACGCAGCAAUGCAGCAACAACUACCCGGAAAGCAGGAAAGUUGCUUUCGUGACAGCGACGCGUGCUUCGAUCUUCGUGAGCAGCUUAAUAAGAAUCGCAUGAAAGAAAACUUGUCGCCUCGUGAGAGUUUUUUCGCCGAGAAUUCGUCGGUGCAUCGCCACGUGCAGUAUGACUUUCAUGAAAAAGGCAGAGGCAGAUUGAGUAAAAGAUGCGAAACUGUACAGGACAACAAGUUUGUGAAAAGGUUUGGUUUCGAACACGACAGAGAAAGGUAUUAUUCCCGACGGAAAUACAAACCUUUCGUCGAAAGACAUGAUCUGCGAAAACACGAGAAAGUAUCUCGCAAGUACGCCGAUUAUCAUGGAGAAAAUGUAUAUAAAUAUCCCUGGAGUUAUUUGAACAAGAGACAACGUGGUCGGUCGCCGAAAAAUGCAAAGAAAUCCACCAGUCCUGUAUCCGAUGCCAGCCCUUCUAACGAACGAUCGCACAGCCGGUCGUGUGACACGGUGAACGCCCAAGACCCAACUGACACUGGCUCUACUUCCACUGAAGUAAAAAAUUCUCAAAUAAGUAUAACUUCUCAAAGCCAUUUUAAACAAGGUAGGCGUAAGAUGAACAACCCUUCCACUCACAAGCAAUCUUUUUGUCCUAAUUUUACAUCCAUGGAAACUUCUAACGAAAUACCGGAUAACCAAAAGAAUGGAGUUCAGCAAGAAAAUAAGCAAAACGAUGGGAAGCAAACAGUCAGAAAGAAUUUAAGCAUAGAUAACAGUGUUGAUGCUGUUGCUAAUCAAGUUAAGCUUCAAAUUAUGUCUGACAACCUCAGUCAGUCAGUAAAUAAUGCAAAGCAGAAAGUAAGAGAUAAAACAGCUGACAGUAGCCAUGUAGACGACGGCGGAGAGUGCGUGUCAAAUUACGUUGAAAAUGAAACUGCUAACGCAGUCACUUAUUUAAGUAAAUAUACGUACACUCACAACAGGACAACGAUGGAUGUGCUUCAAGAAUCAAAAAUUCGUGGUAAGAUAAUUAAUUUGCAAAGAUCUUCCCUUUCUCCUCGUACAGAUGGAUGUUCUAACCAUGCUGAAGAAACUAGGAACGGAGACGAUAAUGCAUGGAAGCUAAGGGCGCCAGGUAGAUUUUCUUCUCGUCACCCAAGAAAAAAACAUCGGAAACAUAAAAGGUCUCGUAGUCGUGAACGUUCGCGCGAACGUUCUUUCGAGAAAAAACGAAAAAAACAUUCGGAUUCACAGCACCUCUCCAGGAAUAACAAAUCGCAUAAAAGUUAUGCAAGAUGGACGCCACAGCGAAAGGUUACAGAAAGUGACCGAAAACGAUCGUACGACUUCAAUACUAAAUAUUCGCAUUCGUUUAGUGUGCCCGGUGUUGGAGAAUUUCCAGCGGAUUCACCUCGAAGUGUAACAUCAGCUUCACAUGGCUCAAACGAGCAGGAGGAAUCUUUUGUUGUGUUGAGCGAACUUAAUAGCAUCUCACAUGUUAACGAACCGGGAAGUAAGAAUGGUAGCGCUGAGAGCUUAGAAACAGAAACAGGUUUUCUUAUAAAGAGAACUAAUGAAAGAAGCACGGAGACAGGCAAAUGUCAUAACACAAGUACAUGUACAACCAACCAACCUGACUUGCACAUCAAACCUAACCAAGAGUCUUUAUAUGAACUCUUAAAUGAAACUGCCACUAGCAAUCUUAGGAAGACAAAGUUUGUCAAUGUCGUUGAAGGUAAGAAAAAGAAGCAAAAAACUGAAGUUUGUAAUAAGAAUGUCAACACUAAUUGUGAGAGGAUAACCGUCUCUAAAAGUGAGAAAAUUGUCUGUGUGAGUGUCGAAAAAAAUGUUUGUAACGAGCAGAGUGACAGCUGUGAUGACGAACGUAUUGGUCUCGAUGGACAACGAGAAGUCAGUUCAUGUUGGCAGGAGAAUAUUGGAUUCGAUAGUAGCCAGAAUAAAAUUUACCAUAAUAAGAACAAUUUUUCAAAUAAUGACCGUCUGAUUGAUGCGAGUAGUUGCAGUACGAAUGGUUCCAUAAACCUUAAUAUCGAGGCAAAUUUACAACGAAAUAUCAAGUUAAACUUAGAACAUAACACCAAACUAAACUUAGAUCAAAAUAUCAAGCUAAACAUAGAACCUAAUACCAAGCCCCACUUCAAACCAAAUACCAAGUUAAACUCACCACAAAAUAUCAAGCUGAACUUACAACAAAAUAUCAAGCCAAACUUAGAACCUAACACGAAGCCAAACUCACGACAAAAUAUCAAGCCAAACUUAGAAGAGAAUGUCAAGUCAAACUUAGAACCUAAUACCAAGCCAAACUCACAACAAAAUAUCAAUCUGAACUUACAACAUAAUAUCAAGCCAAACUUGGAACAGAAUGUCAAGCCAAAGUUAGAACAGAAUAUCAUGCCAAACUUAGAACCUAAUACCAAGCCAAACUCACAACAAGAUACCAAGCCAAACUCACAACAAGAUACCAAGCCAAACUCACAACAGAAUGUCAAGCCAAACUUACAACACAAUACCAAGUCAAACUUAGGUCGAAAUAUCAAGCUAAACAUAGAACCUAAUAUCAAGCCAAACUUAGACCAAUAUAUCAAGCCGAGCUUAGAACAGAAUGUCAAGCCAAACUUACAACAUAAUAUUGAGCCAAACUUUCAACAGAAUAUCAAGUCAAACUUACAAUACCUAAUUCGUACUGUGCAAAGUACAAGCAGCCAAAAUAAAGAUAAAAGUGUCACCUCAAACACUGAACCAAGCUGCAAGAAUACUCAAAUUGACGCUAUUACCGGUAAACAGGGAAGUUUUACGAGGAACAAUUCCAGCUCUGAACCGAAACGAGAACGCAGUUCAGUGCAAGAGAAAGAAAAUGUUAGAAGUAUCGCAAAAACACAGACGAAUACAACUGAGAGGUCUAGUAGGAAAAAUUUCGAAAGCAUUGAUAAAACAGAUUUAAGACAAGCAGAAAAUUUCGCCAAUAACACGAGCGAGAGUUAUACAACACAAAAGGCGAUUGAAAAAACGAAAAGUAUUAAAGCGAAUAGUUUGCGUGAUAAAUGGAAAGAGUUUCGAAGCGAGACAAAACAACUCGAUAAAUGGAAAGAGUUUCGAAGCGAGACGAAACAACUCGAUAAAUGGAAAGAGUUUCGAAACGAGACGAAACAACUCCAAAGAAAGUCGAAAUGUUUUGAGAAGACGACUGAAGAACUCACGGAUGAAACUAAAAGCAUAGGUGAUGAAAUGGUAGAUUUUUUGGACGACACAAACAUUUUAAACUGCAUGGAUAAAAGUUCCGGUAACGAGUCAGCUGAGAGUAACGAUAAAAAGAAUAGCGUGUGUGAUAAAUUGGAAGAGUUGCGAGAUAUAACAGAAGCUCUCAAAGCUCACACAAAAGAUUCCGGCAAAUUGAAAACGAUUAACAAAACAACAAAAGAUAUCCGUGAUGAGGCGAAAAAUAUUGAUCAUAGAACGAAAGCCCACGCAGAGAAAGGAAAACAUCUCAGAGAUCAAACGAAAAAUUCGGGUAGUAAGACCAAAGAGAGGACCAAUUUUUAUGAUCAGCCGAAAGAUGCUGAUAUUAAAAAGGAAAACUUUGACGAAACAAAAAAUAUCGGUAUGUACCAAGAAGCGUUCCGAAAUGGGACAGAAAAUGCUCGUGAUGAAACUGGAUUCUCCGAUCAUGAACGGAAAAUCAUUAAAAGUAGAGAUAAAAGGAUCUGGAAGAAUAAAAAAAAUCGCCAACCUAAAACAAAAACAAAACGUGCUCACGUUGAAACGAAUGAUCUCGGUGAUAAGAGAAAAAAAAUUAAUGAUGAAACAAAAAACAUUGACAAGAAGCAAGGGUUGCGAGAUGAAACUGAAUGUCUCCACGAUGAUAUAACUUCUAGCCUUGCAAAGAACUAUCUUUGCGAUAAAACGAAAUCUUCCAAAGUUAAAAUAAAAAAACAAAAAAAGCUGCAGAAGAAGGCAAAAGAUCUUUCUGGUGAAACAGUUAAUCAGGUGGACAACCUUGAUAAUAUAACGAAAAAAACCAAAAAGAAAAAGAAGAAAAAAGAUCGCCAAGAGGAACAGAAAUAUCUCAAUAAAAAGCCGAAAGGUUCUGGUAAAAAAAUGAAAAAGCUUAACGAUGCAACGACCAGUUUUGAUGAGAAACAAAAAGACGAAAACGAAAAGGUAGAUUAUGCUUGUGUUGCUGAGAGUUCCAGUGAUACAACGAAAGGGGACAGCAAGACAACAAACAUUAAGGACAAAGAUAUUCACAUCCCGAUAAGUAAUUUAAGCGAGAAAACAAAAAAUUCUCACAAAGCACCGAAAGCCACUGCAGAGAAAGAGAUUCAUGAGAAAGUUCAUCACGCCGCCAUAGAGGUGGAAACUAAAGGUUGGAGCUACGCAGGCGAGAGUCAUGUGAAUAAACAGACACAAACCACGAACGAAACAACGGAGGGUGUUCAAGAGAAUCAUGUGAAUAAACAGACACAGACCACGAACGAAACGUCAGAAAAAAAUGUCUCGUUAAAUAAAGUUAAAUCAAGUGACGAAGAUAGUUGCGGAGAUAAAUCGUUGAUACUCGAGAUGUUUCGAAAUGACGUAUCCAACAUCGCAACUGCAGUCAAAUUAUUAAUAAGAAAAAGACCUCGAUUAAACGAAGAACUAACUGAAGCUUGUAAAGAAAUCCUCACAGAACUGGGCGUGGCUGUAAAAAAGAAAGUGACCAAAUACGAUAUCACGUGACUUUGGCUAAUCUUAUAAUGUAUUAGAUUUUUAUUUUUUGUUACUAUUAUUUUCUUAUUGAAA